UUGCGUAGAUCGUCAAGCAAUAUGAAAUUCGUCCUGCUCAUCUUCAUAGUUCUCAUGAGUUUUGCCUGUUCAGCGGCUCAAUUUGGAUUCUGGAACGCCUUAGGUGAGCAGCAACAGCAGCAGCAGCAGCAACAGGAGGCUGGCUCGGGACAACAGCAGCAACAGCAGGUGGAGAAAUUUGAAAUAGACAGUCCAUUCGGUGGCGGCAUCGAAUUCAUCCAGGAGCAACAACAGCAGCAACAACAAUCAGUUGGCGGUGCUCAGCAGCAGCAGCAGCAAACGGAGGACGAGCUGCUAAUAAGAGGACCCUUUGGCGGCGGCAUCGAGCUGGAGCUAGGACAACAGCAACAGCAGCAGCAGCAAAAUGGCGGUGGGCAGCAACAAUAGCAGCAGCAGCA